GACGCUGCUAAAUUGGGGCACUUUCCUAAUCGCGCGGCUAAUCAAAACGGGGCCUUGUUGAAGCGAGUCGCUUGAUCAAUUGCUCGCUGCGAAUUAGUAACUGGGCGGGUCUCAUAGGAAUCGAUAUAAGACCUCCCCCGCUUGAAGCACGACGUCUCCCGCAAAACGAUCUUUCGUCGCUCGCAAACCAACCUCACAUCAAUCACCCCACUACGCUCACUUCAACCCACACACCCCUAGAAAUGGCUCGCUCAGGUCGUUCCGGCGGCGGUCGCUCCGCCCCCUCCCGCCCCGCCCCCGCCCAGCACACCCAGACCCGCCAGGCAUCCACAACCGCCCACCCGCCAGCGCACGCCCCGCCACCAGCGCCGCCCGCACAUGCUCCUAUGGCCGCACCCCAGCAGCCGGGCAUGUUUGCGCAGAUGGCGUCGACUGCCGCUGGAGUUGCUGUUGGUAGCACGAUCGGACACACGCUUGGCGCCGGAAUCACCGGCAUGUUCGGCGGCGGCGGGUCCAGCGCCCCUGCCCCGGCUCCCGUCGACCAGAACCAGCCCCAGCAGUACGCACAGCAGCCGUACGCUCAGCAACAGCAACAGCAGGGAGCGAUGGCGGCGUGUGAGCCGGAUCAGAAGGCGUUCUUGAGGUGUUUGGAUCAGAAUAGUAAUGAUAUUACUUCUUGCCAAUUUUACCUCGACAUGCUGAAGCAAUGCCAAGCCGCUUCCCGCACCACCCUCCAGUGAAACUGUCGAAAUCGAACAAUUCAUUAUAGCUUCUGCAACGUUGUGCCCCUUAGAGCAUUAUAUCUGUUUACCCCUCUCUCAAAAUAUCGACGUAGUUGCUUGAAACGAGAAUAUUGAAAAAGAUGUUCGUUAGAAGAAUGGAAGAAUGAGAAUUCGAGAUGGAUAGAGAUGGAUAGAACACUUUGGCGUCCAUCUUACAGAGGGUUUCGAGUGGACAUGUGGGAUUAACCUCAGGUGUCGAGGUCUUCGGGUGUGGGAUGCACACUCACAGGGAAGUGCAAACAGCAUGGGAACAAUUGAGCAUCGUG